ACCAUCAACUGCUCUGUACUGAAGGCUACCAUGUGGUUCAGCAAGGGAUGGAAUCCAGACGGGAAGCACGUCUACAUCACGGGGGGAAGCCAAGGUCUCGGGCUUUCACUUGCGCUGCUCCUCGCAGGGAAGGGGGCGCACAUCUCUAUUGUUGCCCGUUCACAGGGAAAACUCGACAAAGCCCUGCAAGAUCUCGAGGAACGCAGACAACACCCCAAUCAACUCUUCGCCGCGUACUCGUAUUCGUUAGCCAGUGCAACCGAAUCUGCCGCUGCUCUCGAAGCGGCAUGCAAACCAUUCAGUGGGGCGCCCCCAGACGCCGUGUUCACCUGUGCUGGUGGCUCGAAACCGAUGUUCUUCGUGGACAUGACGGAAGAUGAUCUCAGCAAUGGCAUGGUGCAAGGAUACUGGGUUCAAGCCUGGACUGUUCUGGCUGCAGCCAAAGCGAUGGUUCGCGCGAAAGCCAAGGGCAAAAUUACCAUGGUGUCGUCGACCUUGGGAUAUAUGUCCUUCGUCGGCUACUCCUCAUACUCACCUGCGAAACACGCUCUUCGUGGAUUGGCCGACACGCUCCAGUCAGAGUUCAUGCUGUAUGACAUCGACGUGCAUAUCUUCUUCCCGCCGACAAUGUAUACCCCAGGAUAUGAGACGGAAAACCUGAGCAAACCAAAACUAACGCUGGAUAUCGAGAGCACAGAUGAGGGAAUCACAGCGGAAGUUGCCGCCCAAGCCCUGCUCCAAGGAGUGCAACGAGGACACACUCACAUCACAGCAGACAUGAUUACAGACCUGUUUCGGGCGUCCACGAGAGGCGUGACGCCUCGCAACAAUCUGCUCCUGGAUCCCAUAUACGACUGUCUUGCCGGGAUCAUCGCACCCAUCUGGCGGAUGGGUGUCGACAAACGCGUCCGCGCCCACCGUGGAGAGCACCAGCAGCAUCUGCGCGACUCUGGUUUCUAUUCCUGAGGCCCCAGCUCACAACAAAUUGUACAGUCGCCUUAGAUAGUGAUACAUAAGCUAGAAAACAGCAUGUCCGUAGGAUCAUGGGCUCCCCGCGCACCACACAUUCCCAAAGUCAUCUGACCACGCGCCAGUGAGUCCCUGGCCCUGGACGCCUGGGGCCGGGCUGUCGAUGUAACCGACCCCGUAGCUGGCCGCCGCAUUGAACCGCGGCACCGGACACUUGAAGCCCAGGAAAUGCGGGCACGCGCGGUCGACGGCAGUGCACGUCUCCAGACAUGGCAGCAGCUGCGUGUAGUUGCUCCCAGGCGGAAACGCCGCGUUCCGCGCAUCGGGCGCUUGCGCCUGCAGCAGUGCGGCGGACGGCGGAGCUGCGGCGGGGUCGGCGCAGCGCGGGAACGAGAUGGCGCAGAGCCAGGUUCGGUACGCGCGCUGGCAGUCGGCGCAUGUCACCAGCGGGGAGUAGAAGUCGCGUCCACAGGCGAAGGUGGUGAGCGUCGUCGUGAAGUUGGUGAGUGAUGACAACAGGGGGGCCGAUAUCGACGUCGGAAGGUUGGUGGCAUUGUAGGCCAGCUGGGAGGAUGGCAGUGCAGGCAGCGGGACGGCGUAUGAUAUUGAUGGACAAUAUGGUAGGUUAGAGACGAGCGGGCACGAGAACGAGGCUUGGGACGAGUCAGCGUUGGAAUGCACAGGGGAAUGGCUUCGUACAUGACUUUGUUGUGAGAUAUAUCGGCCGGGUGACUUUGAACGAGUCCUGGAUCACGAAGACUGUGUAGUUCGUCGAUGCAGUCAGCCCUGUCAUCAUCCAUUGUGACCGCCAUGCGUUGGUGUCCCUCGACCACAGAGUCUGAUUAGCCACCGUGCCGCUCGAUUUUAGGGAAGAGAGCGCGCAAGAUGUUUGCUGCAAUGCCGAGAGCGCAUCGCUCGUUGGCGUGAUAAUCAGCCUGAAGUUGGGUGGGUUCGGAGGCGGAGCGGGUGGCGUCAAAUUCUCCAUCGAAAGAGUGUAGUUGGGAUACGUCGGAUCCACAAAGUCAAAGGACGCGAAUGACGGGGAGAAGAGUAUCGCCUGAGUCGCGGUCGAGUCUCCGAAGAGCGGAGGGUCCGCUAGGACUUCAUGCAUAGGUGCGUCCCCCGCCGACACACCGAUUUGGAACGGUACAUUUCCUGCAUUCUCCACCCCAACAACUCCACCCUGAGGAAACGGCCCCGUCCAUUGCCCAUACCCUCGGUCUAAUGGGAUCUCGAACACGUCAACGCCACCACUGGAGUCCGGACUGGCAGUGGAAGAGCUAUUGGCGAGGAAAAAUCGCGGUAGCGCUGCGUUGGUCGUCGAGGCACAUAAUGUGACAGAGAUGGCCAGCUGUGGUGCCGCCGGGAUGGUGAAAAACGGCGGAUUGGGAGACCGCUCAUUUGCGACUGCAUUCAAGGAGAGUGUCUGGCGGGUCUGCGCGGCAGAGAGUGUUGCGAAGAGCAGGAGGAGGAGCAUCGAGGGCAAGGAACAUAUACGGUGAGUGAGUGGACUGUGCAUUGCACAAGGUUUCUUUGUGGAUUGGAUCGUUUGGUUGCUUGGUAUCGUAACUGAUCCGGCAGGAAGAUUCCUGACAAACACCGAGGUCCAAAGAGUGGGCGGACGACCGAGCGUAAGGAGAAAGGAUAUGCAAC